UUUAGGUCAUUGGCAACAAUCAUGGCGGACAUUUCAACUCCCGCGGAAGAAAAGGAAAAACCAGCAUUUGGUUUCAAGAAAAGAGGUCGGUUAGCACAAUCAAGGAAGAGGAAAACAAGUGACAGUGAUGAAGCAGGGAGUGGUGAAGAUAAUGCUAGUGCCGUCAUAAAGAAAGAUCGAAGACGGGAACUAAGCAACCCUCUCAAACAGAAGACAAAGAGGCUACAAGAGCGGCAGCAAGUUGACUACAGCAGUGACAGCGACGAUGCCACUACUAAGGCAGAUAAAGACUUUCGGGUGUCUUACCAGUCCACCAGAACAGCUAAACCAGAAGGACCUGAUGACAGAGGAGCUACUGCAACUGUUGAAAUUGACACAGAUAACACUGUUGAUGCCCAAACCAUCUUUGAGAAGAAACAACAGAUCAAUGAAGAAUUGAAGGGUAAAGAAGACGACAAGAUUUAUCGAGGAAUCAACAAUUAUCACACGUACAUCGAGAAGCGAGACAAUGCAAUGGGAAAUGCUUCCAGUGGCCAUGUUAGGAAAGGUCCCAUGAGAGCACCAGCCAACCUGCGAGCCACCACCAGGUGGGACUACGCCCCAGACAUCUGCAAGGACUACAAAGAGACUGGGUUCUGUGGCUUCGGCGACAGCUGCAAGUUCAUGCAUGACCGAUCCGACUACAAGUUCGGCUGGCAGCUGGAGAGAGAAUGGGACGAGGGAAAAUUCAGCAAAGAAGAAGAUUUCAGUAAAUAUGAGAUUGACAGUGAUGAGGAUGAUGGCCUACCGUUCAAAUGUUUCAUCUGUCGACAGUCCUUUGACAAACCAGUUGUUACAAAGUGCAAGCAUUACUACUGUGAGAAGUGUGCGCUGAAACACUACAAAAAGAGCAAGAGGUGUUUUGUGUGCGGCACGCAGACGAACGGUAUCUUCAACGUAGCCAGAGUGCUGAUUGCCAAACUUGAAAAGACCAAGCAGCAGGGUCACGAUGGCGGUCCUUCCCAGGAGACUGAAGAAGAUUCUGACGAGGAAGGAUGAGCCCAUUACAUCAUCUCUCUGGACUUAUCUCUCUGGAAUAUUUCAGUACUUUUACUCUUUGAUAGAGAACACUCAAAAGGUUGUAAUAUUUGGCCCAAAUUGUCUGGAUAAUAAAACUGCAAAAACAUUAUGGACACCGUGUGCAAAGAUGUCCCGGGGGUGGAUUUACAAUUGACCCUUCCUGCCCGCCAAUCAAACAGUGUGCAUUAACCAAUAAGAUCAAGACUUUGGGUCAGGUGACUUUGGGUCAGGUGACCACAGUCGCUCUGGCAAACUCCAUCACAAGCACUGUGAGAAAUAAACAUAAACUGAGGAUGCCCUCGGGGUUUGAUUUUACAAUAGAGGUCUUGAGUAUUGACUGAUUCUCCAAGAGGACUUGGAGCUGCACAAGGAUUCUCUGAGUUCCAUCUAAUUGAUGCAAGCAAAGUUCAUCAUGUCUGCUAUGACUCUGUGCACAAGUACCUCCUCAACAAUAGUGCUCCGGUUAGUCAGGUUGGGGCAUUGGUACUUUCCUCGCCUUCCAACUCUGUGACUCGAGUUUAAAUCCAACUUAUGCCAACGUGUGGAUUGGGUUUUCAGUCCCUACCCGAUUCCAUGUUUUUUUCCCUCCUGCAAAAGACUUCUGGCGUCGCCCACCUCUUAAAUCAAACAUUUCUUCAUCAUGGUCUCUUCUUCAUACAGGCUACUAAGAUAUAGUGGUUGCUACUGCUCCUGAACAGCAUUGAGCUAGCUAUUGUUCAGAUAAUCCAUCGCAGAGCAGCUGCCUUGUACAAAAGUGUGCACAAUGGUUUCUCCAUUGAGGGGGGCCUCAUGAGUAUACGGCAAUCACAUGCCCGGAUUCAUCUAUGCUCAUGGCCCAUUGUGAUUCAAAAGUUUUUCUGAACACAGUCAGUGUUUGAUUAUUACAAUGACAUGUUUAAUGUUUAUUUCUGAUGCUUGAAUUACUGGGCUGGUUAAAAAAAGUUGGGAUAUUCUAGUGGGUUGAAUAGGCAGAAAUAUUGGAAAUUUGACAUCGAAAGAGACAUUAGGGAAAAAAUGCUUUGUGUAAGCUGGCAGUGUUUUAGAUUUUUUUUUUCCUUCUUAGGCUUAGGCUUUAAGAAACUGUAUAAAGAAUAUUUUAUUACAAGAAUAAACAAAGAAUAUAGUGGUUGUCGAACAAA